UUUUUUUAUAAAUCGCAUCCGGCCCAUCGCUUUUUCGCUCCUUCCUCGAACUUGAUCAACCAUCAAUGGCUGCUCCAAAAGCAGACGCCGGCGAGGUUUCCCGGAACGAUUUUCCCGCUGGCUUCGUCUUCGGGGUCGCUACUUCAGCCUAUCAGGUUGAAGGAGCAACCAAUGAAGAUGGAAAGGGUGAUAGCAUUUGGGACGUUUUCUCAAGAACAAAAGGAAAUAUCAAGGAUGGAAGUAAUGGAGACAUUGCUGUUGACCAAUACCAUCGCUACAAGGAAGAUGUAGAACUCAUAGCCAAGUUGGGGUUUGGAGCUUAUCGGUUUUCUAUUUCAUGGUCUCGUAUUUUUCCUGAUGGAUUUGGAAAUAAAGUCAAUGAGAAAGGAAUUGUCUACUACAAUCAUCUCAUUGAUUAUUUGCUAAAGAAAGGUAUUCAGCCUUAUGUGACAUUGUAUCACUGGGAUCUUCCGUACACGCUUCAUGAAUUUGUGGGCGGAUGGCUAUCGGAGAAAGUAGUUGAAUAUUUUGCAUUGUAUGCAGAAGUUUGUUUUGCAAGGUUUGGUGACAGAGUUAAGCAUUGGAUGACGAUCAAUGAACCUCUUCAAACAGCUAUUAAUGGCUAUUCCAUUGGUAUAUUUGCUCCUGGAAGACAUGAUAACCCGUACAAAGAACCCUAUUUAGCUGCUCAUUACCAGAUUUUGGCCCAUGCAGCUGCUGUUGAUGUCUAUAGGAAGAAAUUUAAGGCUACACAAGGUGGGGAAAUUGGGUUGGUAGUUGACUGUGAAUGGGCAGAGGCUUUUUCUGACAAAGAGCAAGAUAAGAUUGCCGUAGAAAGGAGGCUGGAUUUUCAGCUUGGGUGGUUUCUGGAUCCCAUAUUUUACGGAGACUACCCUGCAGUUAUGCGAGAAAGGCUUGGAGAUCACCUUCCACAGUUUACUCAAAGAGAGAAAAAAUUACUACGAAAUUCAGUUGAUUUUGUAGGGCUCAAUCAUUACACUUCCAGAUUAAUUGCUCAUGCGACUUGUGCAACAGAGGGACCUUUUUACGAAGUACAGGAAUUGGAGAGGAUAGUUAACUGGCAAGGUGGCGACCUAAUUGGUGAAAGAGCUGCAUCAGAUUGGCUUUACAUAGUUCCUUGGGGCUUGAGGAAAGUCCUUAACUACAUCGCACAGAAAUAUAAAAAUCCGCCCAUCUACGUAACUGAGAAUGGCAUGGAUGAUGAAGAAAAGGAAACAGCAAUAAUCAACGAAUUUCUCAGUGAUGAGAAGAGAGUGGAAUAUUUCAAGGGCUACCUUGGUGCGGUAGCGCAAGCUAUCAGGGACGGUGUGGAUAUCCGCGGAUAUUUUGCAUGGUCAUUUUUGGACAAUUUUGAGUGGGCCCAGGGAUACACUAAGCGGUUCGGGCUUGUGUACGUGGACUACAAAGACGGGCUUAAAAGGUACCCAAAGUCAUCUGCUCUCUGGUUUUCCCAUUUCUUGAAGGGCAAAUCGGUCCACGAGGAGAACUGAACCACAUGGAUCCGUCAAUUUUACCUCGUAUCUUUCAGUCAUCAUCAUCAUAGUUUAAUGGUUGGAGGUGAGUACAGUACAAUGGUCCCCAGGGCCAUGCGUCUUUCUGGGCCGGUCUUGCUGUCUACCGGUAGAGUUAGCCCAAUUUAGCUAUUUGACGAUGGAUUGGCCUGUUAAAUAAAAUGCUUGUGUGAUAAUUCCACUAAAAAAUUGAAUGAUAAUAGCUUCAAUUGAAACAGUUGAGCUGCAAAUCAUUUGCUGUAAAUAAAUUUUAAACUGAUUAUUUUCAUAUUUCUAUAAGUUUUUAUGUGUGAUGAUAGAAUUUUCAUUUGUAAUACAAUUUGUUUUGGAUGUUAUUAUUG